AUGUGUGGUCAGAACCAGAACAAGAUCCAAACUGAUGAGAUAACCAGAUCCAGACUGACGGGAUGUGUGGUCAUUGUAUUUGUGAACCCUGCAGGUAAAGAAGAUGGGAAGUCCUGUCAGAAGGUGACAGUAAGGAUGACGAUACGGAAGAACGACUGUCGCAGUAACAGACCGGUCAACAUAGUGUCAUGUGACGGGAAGUGUCCGUCGGCCAGUAUUUACAACUACAACAUCAACACGUACGCCAGGUUCUGUAAGUGCUGCCGUGAGAUGGGGCUGCAGAGGCGCUCCGUGCAGCUCUACUGCAGUGGCAACUCCACGUGGGUCAACUACUCUAUACAGGAACCCACCGACUGCUCCUGCCAAUGGUCUUAG